CUUACCCUUGAUGUAUAGUACCGCCUGACAGCACUAGCAUAAUCGCUUUGAAGGCCCUUUCCAGCAAGGCAUUCCUUUACCGCAGCCUGCAAUUCACAAGCUGCAACCAUGGCGAGCGAUGAAGAGGAUAACAUGAAAGAUUUGUUUGGUAGUGAUGAUGAUGCAGAUGAUGAUUUUGGAAAGCCGAGCGUGCGGGAGACGCAGAAAGAGGCGACCCCUGCCGCUGAGGAUGACCUUGAGGACGACCUGGGCGACGAUUUUGGCGGAACAACAACACAGGGACGCUCGCAGGCGGCUAUAGUGUCUGACGAGCCAGAAGAGGAGGGCGGAUUUUUUGGGCGAUCCAAACGUGCAGCAGCUCCUGGCGCUCGGCGGCCAUUGACAAAAACAGGAGCACCAAUCGACUUUUCAGCACCGCUUCUGCCAGUCCCUCCUCCAACGGGUGACACGUACUUGCUGCGUGAAGCGCUAAUUGGCGUAGAGCCCCGGCCGUUUGACCCGGAAACAUUUGAGGCAGAAGAGGAAAUCUUCACAGACGACAAGGGCUUUACAAAAAUCAAGCCAGCGGACCGGACCAAAAUCCGCUGGCGCUAUGUGCAGCGCAAGACAGCGGACGGGCGCGACGAGAUUGUGCCUGAGAGCAACGCUCGGUUCGUGCGCUGGUCGGACGGCAGCCUGCAGCUGUUGCUGGGCGACGAGGUGUUCGAUGUGGACACGGCGGACAUGUCCGCGCAGCACGCGUACAUGGUGGCUUACAGCGGCGUGGUGCAGGGCCAGGCGGCUCUCACCACCAAGAUGGGCUUCCGCCUGGCGACGCUCAACUCCAAGCUGUACGCGCGCAUGCGGGAGGAGGUGGACAAGCGCACAGUCAAGGUGAAGCGUGUGCAGCAGCACGUGGAGGCCUACGACCCGGCUAAGGAGAAGGAGCGCCGCGGCAGGGAGGCGGAGGAGGUGCUGCGGAACAGGGCGGCUCUGGAGUCGCGGCAGCAGCGCACCACGGCCCGGUACGCGGGCGGCGGCGGCGGCGGGCGGCGCGGGCGGCCCGAGCUCAACACGCGCUUCCUAGAGGAGGAAGACGGGCUGGAGGGCGGUGCCUACGGCCGUGAUGACGGAUUCAUUGACGACGGCGACGACGACGGCGGCGCGUACGGGCGGAGGAGGAGGAUGAACGAGGCAGAGGAGGAGGAGGCGGCGCGGCGGCUGCAGAACGCCAAGCGGGGCGCCGCGGGCGGCUCACAGCCAGGCGGCGCGGGCGGCAAGCGGCGGAGAAUGCAGGAGGAGAGCGAGGAUGAGCUGCCAGACGACGACGAGGAGGAGGAGGAGUAUGUGGACAGCGAGGAGGAGGAGGGAAGCGACGACGAGGAGGGCGGCGGCGGCGAGGGCAGCGAGGAGGAGGAGGAGGAGGACGAGGAAGAGGGCGGGGGCGGCCGCCGGGAGGGGAGACAGAAGAGCAAGACGCCGCCGCCACGGCCCGCCGCGCCGCCCCUGCGCGGCAAGGUGGUGCUGGCGGCCAGGCCGUCCGCCGCCGCCGCCGCGGGGCCGCCCGCCGCCAAGGUGCGGCGCGGCGUGGUGCUGUCGGACGACGAGGACGACUGAGGGCAGCAGGCGGCGAGAGCAGCGGGUGGGGAGGGCAGAUCGAAGAGGAAGAGAGCCAGGGGAGGAGGGGCACGGGGAGGACGAGGUGGGAGUGUUGCAGGGCAGCAGAUUAGGCGGAGCAGGCGCGUGUAUCACUACAGGCCGGACCCGGACCAUGCGGAUGCGGGCGUGGGUGCGUGGGAGCGCUGGGGCACGGCCGCGGGAGGAUGUCAGGGGGAGCGGUGUGCGAAGGUGCGGUGACACUAUUGCGGCCGCAAGGUGUAAGCAAGCACUGAAGGCUAACUUGCGUUCGGCGCCCUGGCGUCGGCGCACGACAGCUUCAAGCCCAGCAUGAUAUGACACAUUUGAUGCAAGAGCCUGAGGUUCUGCAGCCUGGAGUGGAGGUGGGUGCGCGGUCAAGCCGGCGGCAGAGCAGGGUCCCGCCGUCUAGGCCAAG